CAACCGCCGACAAGCAGUGAGCUGUAGUCCUGUCGGGGGCAUAUUGUAAAAGCACCCUUGUGAAAGAGAAAGGCACGUGGAACUACGUUUCCCAUAAAGCCCCCCGUGCCGCAGUUUGGCGACCGAAAGAUGCUUCUUGUCUUUCCCAGUGUAGCUGUUAGCCAAAGCUUAGCCUUGUCCUGAGCCGAUAGGAUGGGAGUAUCAGACGUGAAGUGUGAUACAAAUGCUGUCCCUGUGGUUGAUCUCUCAGCUCGCAGUAUGCAGAAGCUGGAUCCCAGUUUCACAUGCUCCGAGGACACCCACACCCUCAUCUUGGACCGUAACAACAUCAUGAAGCUGGAUCACCUGGAACGCUGCCCAAGCCUUCAGCAGCUAUCUGUAGCCAAUAACCGAUUGGUGAGAAUGAUGGGGGUCUCCCAACUCAGAGAGCUGAGAGUCCUCAAUCUUCCCAAUAACAGUAUUGGCUACAUUGAAGGGCUGCGAGAUCUGUCCCAUCUGACAUGGCUCAACCUGUCAGGAAACAACAUCAAGGUCAUUGAGCAACUGAACAGCUGUGUGUCUCUCCAGCACUUGGAUCUUUCUGAUAAUAACAUAUCUGCCAUAGGUGACCUGACUAAACUAGAGUCAUUAAAGACGCUGCUGCUCCAUGGAAACAGCAUAACAACGCUCCGCACUGUUCCUGCCCAUCUGCCUGCCCAUUUAUCAAUUCUCUCCCUGGCAGAAAAUGAGAUAAGGGAUCUUAAUGAAGUGUCAUACCUGGCCCCUCUUCAUGAACUGGAGCAGCUGUCCAUCAUGUGCAACCCCUGCGUCAUGGUGACUCCCUCGUUGCCAGGUUUCGAUUAUCGACCGUACAUCAUGAGCUGGUGCCUAAACCUGAAGGUCCUCGACGGCUACAUAGUGUCGCAAAAAGAAGGUCUCAAAGCAGAGUGGCUCUACAGUCAGGGGAAAGGUCGCUCAUAUCGACCUGGGCAGCAUGUUCAGCUGGUUCAGUACCUGGCCACUGUUUGCCCUCUGACGGCGUCACCUGCCCUGGAGACGGCAGAAGAUGCCAAACUGGAGAAGAUCCUCAGUAAACAGAGAUUUCACCAACGGCAGCUGUUGGAGGAGACGCGCGGAGACUGUCCCAGUCCUCCUCGUCCGACUCAGCUCGAUGUUGAAAGCCAGAGCCCUUCACGUCCAGCUUCACAGAGCGGAGACCGAGAGGUGAAAAAAAUCCCCACGCCUGCACUCGCUGCCGCUCCGUCUGUCCAGGAGAAAGAGCCAGUCGUGCAGUUCAACACUUGGGUAAGUUGCGAUGCAUCUCAUGCGUCGCUGCCAGCCGUUCGCAGCCCAAGGAUUACAGCGGAGCACAUUUUUUUGGAAGACGUGCAAACCGACGAGGACAAAAUCAACUGCAGCUUGCUUUCCUCUGAGUCCACCUUCCUUCCCUUCACGUCUGACCUGCACCCACAAACGGGCCACACCGACAGCGAAGACGAGACGGAGACGUUUGAGCCCGAUUCUCUGGCUCCAAAGCGACCAUCGCAAUCCAGAAAUUCCAACCCUAACAAGACCAACGAGUCGCCUCCCACAGAGAAGAACCCGAGUAAACCUGGUGGAGAGAAUAACGCAUCUGUUGCCACGACAACAGCUGCAUCCACGGCAAGGGUUGCCAUGCCAAAAGAUCCUACAGAGACGCCCUUUGACUUUGGGGAAGUAGAAAGUAAAGACACUGGAAAAGCAGCACAAGUGAGCUCGUCCGUCGACAAACUAAAUCUGCUGGAGGCAAAUGAGGCGGCGGUCAGAAUCCAGUCCUGGUGGCGAGGGCACUCUGUUCGAUGUUUUCAUCCCGCAGCCAAAGAAGUGCGCAGCGAAAUCCGUCUGCGCCGAAUGCAGGAACACAUCCUCUUCCUGUCUGAUAAGCUGGAAAUCAGGGUGGAGAAGCAGUACGAGGAGGAGAGGCUCCAAAGGCUGGUUCAGGAGGAGGCGGUGAAGUUUCUAUGGAAAGAGCUUCAGUCCAUGCAGCAGUGGAAGCAGUCAGUGGAGAACAAGCUUGCAGCCGUUACACCACCAGCUCCUCCGGCUCCGACCUAUUCUCCGGGGGUUUGCCACACAGCCCCUCCUGCCGCCUCAAGCACCACAAACCCUCCCAUCACAGACGUCUCCUUUCCGGACUCUGGGUUCCAGUCGACCAAUGAGCAGCAGGCUGCGCAGGAGGACAGCUUUCUGAGCAGCGGGACGGCCGACUCUCUGAAGACGGUUCGAGCGCUGAGCUCGGUCCGGAGUGGCUUCGCCGGCGUGGGCGACGGUGCCGACAGCGCAGACUGCAGCCUGCUGGACGAAUACCUGUCUUCUGUACAGCAGAGGGAGGAGGAGGCUGAAGGGGCAAACAGCGAUAAAACAGAAACUCCACACACGUCCCCAAGCAGGACAGCUUCAACCAACAACACCCCCAUGCAGAAGGCACCACAAAGCACACCAGAGUUGGCCUGACAUCCUUAUCCAGAAUGUGUGUGAAUAAUUAUUCUGCGUGGGAGUCAGACAUUUUGUUCCUUAGUAAGACCUUGAUUAGAUCUGUAAACUGUAUUCUUCUUGAUUACAAAUGAAGCUCAAUUUUAACUCUCAGAAGAAGCUUGAAACUCUAACGUACACUGAAUGUAACUUAAGCUGUUUUGUACAAUCUGUUCUGGUUAUCACUGGACAUUUAGUGCGAUGAAAAUACAUUGAUUGAAUGUAGCAACAGAAUUUCUAACAGUUAAUGUGGACAAAGUUCAUCAGUAACUACUGCGAAUACAAUUAGAGGCUGACAGUUACACAAUGUAUGUUAUUGUAUUUUUUUGUAUUUUUGAUCUGUUUACCAAUGUAGAUUUUUGUCAACUUUUGGGUUUGAUAAGUUUUAGCGGUUGUGCUAUUUUCAAAAAUGUAAAUAAAUACGUAGAUAUGCAUCAUUGGCGCAGAAGAUCAGCACAUGUCUGUCCUACUUGAAUGACUUUCCUGUCUUUCUCAUUUCGAAGACAGAAGCUUCCUUGUCUCGGCCCCAGAGCUCAGAAACCAGUUUAUUUGUAUUCACCUCCAAGCUGGACUUCGCACGACUACAGUCUGUUCACAAGCCUCUUUCUGUGCUCCGGAUGUUUGAGCUUCAUUGUAAUUUCCAGGAAUUGUUCUAUGCGUCUGAUGCUGGAGUCACAUUUUGCACACAGUGUUGGUGCAUAUCCUUCCAUGAAUAACCAUUUUCCACAUCUGCUUGCAUCCAUCCAUUUCCUAACACCCUCAUCCCGUCAGGGUGUAGCUCCAGCUGCCAACAAACACUGUCUCCACAAACAGUUGUUGUUAAUUAAUGGGACGAAAGUUUCAAAAGGUCACCUGAAAAAUCCACUCUCUGAUGUAGUCAAUUGUUAAAUGGAAAGAAUAAAGCUACAGUAUACAGAGCUUUUA